UACAUCUAAAGCUCUGUGGAGUUAUAAAUAAAUACGAAGCUUACAGGAUUAAAGUGGGCGAGCCACAUUUGAAAAUUGUUGCUUUGACUCCGUUUAAAUACCUUUCUCUUUGUCUCCUCAGUUCUGGUGAUCAGCGGUAACCAAUCAUGCCUGAUUCGUCUGGUGUUGCAAUAACGGCUGUGCUAUUGAUACUUAUUGUUGUGGACGUUGUGGGCAAUACACUUGUUUGUUUAAUCAUAAAACGAUAUCUUCGCACAAAAAAUCCCAUAAAUUAUUUACUUCUGAAUCUGGCCAUAUCUGAUAUCCUAUUCGCAUUGUUCAUCGCACCAAAGAUUAUCGUCAGCUUCAACAUGAGUCACCCGGACGGAUUGGCAGGUGUGGUACUUUGCAAGCUUUUGACAGGUGGAAAUAUAGCCUGGGUUGCAGGAGUUUCGUCAGUUGUCACUUUGGUUGCAAUUGCCUUUGAAAGAUAUUACUCAGUAUUAUAUCCCAUUGCCAGAGAAAAGAAUCUUUCACGGCGCAAACUGAAGAUAAUAGUUCUUGGCGCUUGGGUGUUCUCAGCAUUUUUCAACAUACCAUUGUUCUUAGCUAGGACCUUCGACAAGGAGAAGACCAGCAAAAACUGUGUUCAGAAUUGGCCUGAGAGGUGGAUGUCCACGGCUUAUUGUUUGGCGUGGUUGGUUUUGGUUGUCGUUUCCGUGGGAAUUAUGGUUGUCCUUUAUUCUAUUGUUGCGUGCACAUUGUGGUUCAAACGCAAUGGAAACAAAGGAAUCAACUAUCAGCAAAAAGGCGUCUUAAAGGUUCGGAAACGUGUUACCUUGAUGGCUAUAGCAGUCAGUUUCAUCUUUGCAGUUUCCUGGGGAGCAGAAUCAAUUGAAUACGUCUUGAGGACUCUUUCAACUCUCAACAUCAGCUUUGAACAUAUUGCAGCUGUUGAUAUGAUGGUGUUGUUCAAUUCAGCAGUCAACCCAUUCGUGUAUGCCCUCUUGAACCAACAGUUCAGACAGAACAUCAAGAGAGUGAUUUGGUGUAAUGAUACACCGGAACCCAGGACUGGAGGAAAGGAAAACACAAGCCGAAGUACUGAUCAUGAACGCACUACUGAAAUGUGAUUCUUAAAACAUUGCUUAUUAUAUGGCAGAUGAGUCCCACCAUCGAUAUGUUAAAGGUCUUAAAAGUAAAAUAAACUCACUUAAAUAUUAGAGAAGAA